ACCUGUUGCGUCCGGAGGGGUAGAUCUCCCUCGCUGCUCUCAUCUGCGCACAGAGUGGGUGGCAGGGGGAUAAAGUCGCUGACGCUCGGGUUUCUCCGGAGAGCCUUUUUUUAAAUUAUUAUUUUGAAAGGGAGGCAGAGGCAAGUCGAAGCCCCUCAGAAUUAACACCUCGAUCCGCUGCCUUAUCCGCAGCGGAUUGUCUUGAGGCUGCGGUAUUCCUUCCUGCUCCCCGAGGGACCAUGCCCGCCAGGUUUGGAGGCUUGGUGCCCGCUCGCUUGCUUUCGUUGUUGUUGCUGCUGCUGCUGCUUCUCUCGCAAGUCCACCUCCACAGAACUACGGGCCCCCGGUUUUUAAUAAGUGACCACGACCAAGACCCUCAAUGUAACCUUCAGUGCUCCAGAUCUGCUGCCAAGCCUCUCUGUGCUUCGGAUGGCAGGACCUAUGAAUCCAUGUGUGAUUAUCAGAGAGCAAAGUGCAAGGAUUCCAAUCUGAAUGUGGCACAUCGAGGCAGAUGUAAAGAUGCUGGUCAGAGCAAAUGCAGAUUAGAAAGAACCCAAGCACUGGAUCAAGUGAAGAAGCCACAAGAAGCGGUCUUUGUUCCAGAGUGUCAUGAGGAUGGAUCAUUUACCCAAGUCCAGUGCCACACCUACACUGGAUAUUGCUGGUGUGUCACUCCAGAUGGCAAGCCUAUCAGUGGUUCUUCUGUGCAGAACAAAACUCCUGUAUGCUCAGGAUUACCUAUAUACCGACGGCCAUUAGGACAGGGUAAUUCUGGAAGAAAAGAUGAUGGUUCAAAACCAACACCCACCAUGGAAACACAACCAGUUUUAGAUGGAGAAGAAAUUACAGCCCCUACCCUUUGGAUUAAACACUUGGUCAUCAAAGAUUCCAAACUGAACAGCUCUAGUAUGAAGAAUUCAGAGAAAAUUAAUUCGUGUGACCAAGAAAGGCAGAGUGCACUUGAGGAAGCCAAGCAGAAUCCACGUGAAGGAAUUGUUAUCCCUGAAUGUGCCCCUGGAGGACUGUACAAACCAGUGCAGUGUCAUCAGUCCACGGGCUACUGCUGGUGUGUUCUGGUAGACACUGGUCGCCCCCUACCUGGCACUUCCACCCGAUAUGAGACCCCUGUAUGUGAAAGCGAUGCUCGAUCCAGAAGCCCAGAAAUUGAUGAUCCUUUCAAAGACCGAGAACUUCCAGGUUGCCCAGAAGGGAAAAAAGUAGAAUUUAUUACCAGUUUACUGGAUGCGCUCACCACAGAUAUGGUACAGGCUAUUAACUCAGCAGCACCUGCUGGAGGAGGAAGGUUCUCUGAGCCUGAUCCCAGUCAUACCCUGGAAGAGCGAGUGGUUCAUUGGUACUUCAGCCAGCUGGACAACAAUAACAGCAGCGACAUCAACAAAAGGGAGAUGAAACCCUUCAAGCGCUACGUGAAGAAGAAAGCCAAGCCCAAGAAAUGUACCCGACGCUUCACUGACUAUUGUGAUCUCAACAAAGACAAGUCCAUCUCACUUCAGGAAUUGAAAGGCUGUUUGGGGGUCAGGAAGGAAGAAGGUAGCAUUGGCAGCUUCCCACAUGGAAAAAGGCAAGGCGUUAAUCCUUUCAUAGGACGUCUUGUCUAAGAGGAUAUGCCACGGAUGGAUGGAUGGAUGGAUGGAAGGAGAUGGGAUGCAUGACCAU